CGCUUCUUUUAGCGCCCCCUGUAUGCUAGACAAAAACAUUCAGUACACAUCAGGAAGAGAACAUAGAAGCGGAGGGGGAAAGAUGGAAGUAUAGAAACGAUUAACUGACUCCAGCCAGCAUGAGGAGCCGCAGUAAUUCAGGUGUGCAGCUCGAUGGAUUCGCCAGGCUGGUUCAUGAGACCAUUCUUUGCAACCAGAACCCAGUGACAGGGCUAUUGCCCUGCAGUGCCCAGCAGCCCGACGCCUGGGUGCGUGAUAAUGUGUACAGCAUCCUGGCAGUGUGGGGUCUAGGAAUGGCCUACAGGAAGAACGCUGACCGGGAUGAGGACAAGGCCAAGGCCUAUGAACUGGAGCAGAGUGUUGUCAAGCUGAUGCAAGGGCUGCUGCAAUGUAUGAUGCGCCAGGUGGCCAAGGUAGAGCGGUUCAAACACACCCAGAGCACCAAGGACUGUCUACAUGCAAAGUACCACACCCCAAGCUGCGCCACCGUGGUGGGGGACGAUCAGUGGGGGCACCUGCAGGUCGAUGCCACCUCUCUCUAUCUGCUCAUACUGGCACAGAUGACCGCCUCAGGUCUUCGUAUAAUAUCAAACCUGGAUGAGGUGGCCUUUAUCCAGAAUCUGGUCUUCUACAUUGAGGCUGCUUAUAAAGUUGCAGAUUAUGGGAUGUGGGAGCGAGGGGACAAAACCAAUCAGGGGAUCCCUGAGUUGAAUGGCAGCUCUGUGGGAAUGGCAAAGGCCGCAUUGGAAGCCAUUGAUGAGCUGGACCUCUUCGGGGCUCACGGCGGACCAAAAUCAGUCAUUCACGUUUUACCGGAUGAGGUUCAGCACUGCCAGGCUAUCCUGUCCUCCAUGUUGCCCCGAGCCUCCACGUCUAAGGAGAUUGAUGCAGGGCUCCUGUCUGUCAUCUCCUUCCCUGCCUUCGCUGUGGACGACCCUGACCUAGUCACCAUCACUAAGAGUCAGAUCAUCUCCAAGCUGCAGGGACGCUACGGCUGUUGCCGUUUUAUCAGAGAUGGGUAUCGAUGUCCAAGAGAGGACCCGUCCCGUCUACACUAUGACCCAGCUGAGCUGAAGCUGUUUGAAAACAUAGAAAGUGAAUGGCCAGUUUUCUGGACCUACCUCAUCCUGGACGGCAUCUUCAAUGGAGACCAAGUACAGGUGCAGGAGUACAGGGAGGCUCUGGAAGGAGUCCUGAUCCGAGGGAAGCCUGGGAUCCGCAUGGUCCCUGAGCUCUACGCCGUCCCUCCAGAAAAGAUGGAUGAAGAAUAUAUGAACCCCCACACUGUGGACAGAGUAGCCAUGGGACAGUGUCCCCACAUGUGGGGUCAGUCUCUCUACAUCGUCAGCUCCCUGCUGGCUGAGGGAUUCCUCGCGCCUGGAGAGAUUGACCCUCUCAACAGGCGAUUCUCCACCAGUUCCAGACCAGAUGUGGUUGUGCAAGUGUGUGUGUUGGCGGAGUCCGUGGAGAUCCGGGAGAUGCUGAAGGACUACGGGGUUCAGGUCCAGACCGUCGCUGAGGUCCAGCCCGUCCGGGUCCUGCCUGCUCGCAUACUCAGCCACAUCUACGUCAAACUGGGCAACUGCAAGAAGUUGAAUCUGAGCGGUAGGCCAUACAGGCACAUUGGCGUUCUGGGAACAUCGAAAUUCUACGAGAUCCGAAGCCGCACCUACACGUUCACUCCCCAGUUUCUGGACAAACACCACUUCUACUUGGCCCUGGACAACCAGAUGAUAGUGGAGAUGCUGCGGACGGAGCUGGCCUACCUGUCUUCCUCCUGGAGGAUCAUUGGACGCCCCACGCUCACAUUUCCCAUUACGCAUAACAUGCUAGUUGAUGAUGGUGAGGGUAUUGACCCGUGUAUCCUUUCCACUCUGAGGAAGCUUCAGGAUGGAUACUUUGGAGGGGCAAGGGUUCAGAUGGCUGACAUUGCCAGCUUCCAGACUACCUCCUUCCACACAGAGCUUAGCUUCCUUGAUGACGACACCGAUGAUGACCUUCUGGAUGAGGAAGAAGAUGACGAAGAGGAAAGUUAUUUAACUUCAGGGAACUCCAAAGACAUGUUUGAUCAAUACCUCACCCAGCUGAUGCAGAGCACCGCCCACAAGUGUCAUCUCCCUCCAAUCCAGAGGGGGCAGCAGCACGUGUUCAGUGCUGAACACACCACCCGCGACAUCCUGUCCUUCAUGGCCCAGGUCCAAGGCAUUAACAUCCCCAAGGCCUCGAUGUAUCUUCCGGUGACUCCUACCAUGAACAAACACCGCAAAUCCCUCAACCUGCUGCCACUGCCCCAUCACCAGCAGGCCCAACACACUCCGCCUCAACAGCCCAAGGCCCACAGUACUUUAGACUUUCCCCUCCCCAGGGACGCUCAGGGCAACACAGACUUUGUGUCUCUGGUGAGACAGCUGAAGGAGUGUCCCACGCUGCAGGAUCAGGCAGAUAUCCUCUACAUCCUCUACGUUUUCAAAGGUGCUGAUUGGUUGGUGGACUUGGACGGCCAGGACGGGGCCAGUGUCAGAUGCCUCCUGGAGGAGCUGUAUGCCCUGGCUGGGGCCAAUAAGGAGUGGGGGCUGAUCAGAUACAUCUCUGGUAUCCUGAGGAAGAGAGUGGAGGUGCUGGCUGAGUCCUGUACUGAUCUCAUCUCCCACCACAAGCAGCUGACGGUGGGCUUGCCUCCAGAGCCCAGGGAGAAAGUCAUCUCAGCGCCUCUCCCUCCAGAGGAGCUCAGCUCUUUAAUUUAUGAGGCCAGCGGACAGGACAUCAGUGUUGCUGUGCUCACCCAGGAGAUCAUGGUGUACCUGGCGAUGUACAUGCGCUCCCAGCCGGCUCUGUUUGGAGACAUGCUGCGUCUCCGCAUCGGCCUCAUCAUGCAGGUGAUGGCCACAGAGCUGGCCCGCAGUCUACUCUGCUCAGGCGAAGAGGCUUCAGAGACCCUAAUGAACCUCAGUCCGUCAGACAUGAAAAACCUUUUGCACCAUAUCCUCAGUGGAAAGGAGUUUGGAGUGGAGAGAAGCGUGCGUCCUAUGCAGUCGUCCGCCACCAGCCCGGCCAUCUCCAUCCACGAGCUGGGUCACACCGGGGCCACCAAGACAGAACGCACCGGAAUCUGCAAGCUGAAGAGUGACAUGAAACAGUUGGAUGACUCUUCUCGUCCAGUCAGCAUCUGUAACAAUGCUUAUUCCAUCAGCAGCAAUGUCACGUCUCCUCGUUCCACGCGCUGCAGCAGCCCGUCCACACCGAGCGGCGUCCUGUCCCCCGUGGGAGCUGGGGGCCCGGACAGCCGCCUGCAGUGGGAGGAGCGCCAGGGCCAGUGGCUGAGGCGGCGGCGCUUGGACGGCGCCAUUAACCGGGUCCCGAUGGGCUUCUACCAGAAGGUGUGGAAGAUCCUGCAGAAGUGCCAUGGCCUGUCCAUCGACGGAUACGUACUGCCAUCCUCCACCACCAGAGAGAUGACGGAGGGUGAGAUCAAGUUUGCGGUGCACGUGGAGUCUGUGCUGAACCACAUCCCCCAGCCGGAGUACCGGCAGCUGCUGGUGGAGGCUGUGAUGGUGCUCACCCUGGUGGCGGAGAUGGAUGUGGACAGCAUCGGUGGAAUCAUCCUAAUGGACCGAAUCGUCCACAUGGCCAAUGACUUCUUCCUACAGGACCAGAGGUCCCACGGGGCUAGUGAGUAUUUCCUGGAGAAGGAUCCUGCCACAGGAAUCUGUAACUUCUUCUAUGACAGCGCCCCUAGUGGUAGAUACGGCACAAUGACCUACCUCUCAAAGGCUGUGAUUACAUACGUGCAAGACCUCCUACCACAUUCUACCUGUCUCAUGCAAUGAUGGAGUUGAUCCACUCUGCCAGGUGUGCUCUCUGGCCACAGACUGUUACCCAGAGGGACUAGUGAAAGUAAACAGGUAAACAAAAACACCUUUAUAUCCAUUAUUUACUUAAGUAUGUCCUUUAUUGUGACAGGUGUGCGCGUGCGUGCGCCUGUCUAUCUGUCACCGGAGGUGGGUUUCUGAUUUUGUCAGAAAUCAAGAGUCAUCCACUCCCCCUUGGAUUUCAAAUAACUGAAUUUAGUCCUUGUAAGGGAGUGAAUUAUUGUAGAUUUCAGAUGGAAGGGGUGGACACUAGAUUGCAGCUAAUUGAUUGACCACAAUCAGUUGUUUUUAAAUCAAAUAUUUUAUUUUCAGGGUGGCACUGUACUAAAAAUAUUUAUUAUUUUAAUUGUAAAGUGUAGCAUACUGCAUGUGUAAAUCAGAUCUAGUUACAAAACCUAAUAUACUGUGUGUGUAAUACCUCUGUUCAGGCCUGAUUUUAACUGUGUUAGAAGAAAAUAAGGAUGAAAGUUAUAUACAGUAUCUAUAAGCUAUGUUACUCUUUAUUGAAUGACCUCGAUUGUGUUCAUUUUAAUUCCACUGUAUUACCUUGAAUGCUAUUGGUUGUCUUGCCUAUAUUGAACUCAUCACUACUCUAUGAGUAAGUGUCCGUCUCCAUGUGCUUCUGGAGCAUGUAAACAAUAUAUUUGUAGAUGCUAAACACUUGUAGUUAUGUCAGUUCAACUGCAGUUCAACUAAUGUGAGCCAUGUAUUUCAGCCACUGGUUUCUAUUCCUGGAAGGACUGAUUGAGUUGAAGUUCCACAUUAUAUUUUAACUGUAUAUUUCCAGUUGGAUGUAGUUAAUACAUACAUACGAUUUCUAAAAAUAAAAGCAGUAAUAUUUCCGUUUGUACCAUAGGCUACAAUACAUUUCCUAAUGUCACUAAUUUUAGCAAUAUGACAUUCAAUAAUUUGAUAUUCCUACAGGCAUGACCUUGAAAUGACAGUGUCUUGUCUGAAAGUUUGACCAAGUUCAUAGCAUUUGAAUUCUACUAAGCUAUUAUGACAUCAACACCACAUUUUCAUUCUUAUUCAUGAUUGUUUUGAUUAAUUUAUGUACUCUACCUUUGUAAAAAACAAAUGUAAGAAAAUAUAUUAUAUGACAUCUGUCUCCCUUUCAAACAAACAAUAUUUAAUAACAAGGAUUAAAUUACUAACCUAAUCAUUGGUUCUUGUUUCUUUUCAACUUAUAAUGUCUGUAUAUUGCAGGCCUAGGUGUUUAACAUAUAGGACGAGAAUAAUAUUCAAAUACACAAUUAUCUUGUACUUUUAUUGCAUUAAUUAAUGAAUAAAUUGAAUAUUGUGAAUUGUUGAGGAAAUGACUGUUGUCAGAGAUGAGAUGGACACUAGAGUAAAAAUAAUAAAAUAAAUAAAACCUGU